UUCAACUCGGUUAUAUUUAUCAACCCCCAAAACAACUCGAGCCACGCAGAAAAUGUUCCCUUUAUUCAAAGAAAAAUUCCGAAUAGAACCAGUUACAACGAAUCCCUUAUUUUGAAGUUACGUCAUUGUUUACGCGAAAGGAUCAACCUCUCGAUCCAGGAUCACGCGUGUAGAGACGAAACAAAGUUUCUCAGGUCGUCCAUACCGCAAAUUGAAUCAAGGAUUCCCGUGAACGUCAGCUCGUCCUCGUGAAUAUUCACAAACCGUUCGGGAACUUGAGUUUCCAAAGUAGUUUUCCGUGAUAGCCGUCGCGGUUUUCAAAGGAAACGUUUCAUCGCGCAAUCGUCGAUCCCUUAAUAAUUCAAUUACGUUCCAACGUUAAACCUCUCGUUUCCCAUCGGUAUUUAAUCGUUUUCAAAAGUUGCCCGGAUAAAAUCGAAUAUUUAAAUUCCUCUCGUCGAUAAGGAAUCGUCCCGCUAUCGGCACUCCGAAGUCAAAUAGGAGAUAAAUAUUGAUAAAAGCAAUUGCUCUCAGAUAUCUUCGAAUGUGGAACGUCUACAUUUUUACAUUGGUGUUUAAUGUACCGUUAAUUGAUCUGUAUUGAAUCGAACCGAUAAGAAUUGCUCGUUCGCAAUAAAUUCAAUCGUGGAUACCAAAGUAGUGGUUGGAUAUAUCAGGUUGUCCCAAAAGUUUCUUUCGUAAUUUGCACUCAAUUAUUUUGUGCGGUAGUGUUUAUGUAAAUAGACAAUCUAAUUUCGUAGAUGUUGAUGUUGUAACAGUAAUGGAGCAAAAUGAAUCGUACACAAUUCGAUAAUGUAACAUUAGACAUAAAAUAUUGUGUAUGUAUUACUUAUUAAUAAAAAGAAACUUUUGGGACAACCUAAUAUAAUUAAAUUCAAUAAUAUUUUUUAUUUCGAUAACAGCAGUAUUAUUCAAUAUUUAUUUCAUCUAUUAGAAUAGAUUUUUUUUAUUAAUAUUUAUAUAACAUUUCAUUAUUCGUGUAGUGAUAGGAGCACAGGAAAAUAUUAGUGGUCCUAGCAAAAUAUCUAUCGAUUUAAUUUAUGCAAACAAUACAUACAAUAUUUACGAAUGUAUUCGGGCAAAAUAUAACAAAAUUCUAAGGGAUUAUUCUUCGAUUACAAACCAUUUACUUAAAUUAUCGACUUUCAUGUCGCUUCGAUACAUUUCGUUCGAAUAAUUAAUUAAAAAUCUCGCAAUAAUUCACCGGUAGAAAUAUUUCGAUAUCGACUACAUUUAAUUUAUUUUAUAUCACGGUUUUGUUUACAGCAAGCUGUAACUGCAAUAAAUAAUUAAUAGUAGGUAAUGAAUUAAAUUAAGGCGCCCGGAAACUCUUUUAUCAGUAGCCGCUUCUUCAGCAGACAGCUCGAUAAAACUCAUAUCGCGAUGACACACUGUUGCAUUCCACGAUCAAAUUCGUUACAUUAUUUAUUACUCUUAAAAAUAUUAUUCGUACGCGUACCGUCGUCCCCCUCUCGUUUUCUGCAAUGCGUUUGAUCGCCGUUUGUUGUUACAUUACGCAAAAGUUAGAUACUUGUAAACUGUUCAACAAAAUUGACAUUUUGUACCAGGAGACCACGGUGCUCGAGGAGGUGUUCUUUAUUUUGCGCAAAAACAGACUCCGCGAUCGUGCAAUUUUUGCUGCCUUUCACUCGUGGACUUGAAACCGCUAAACAUCUUUCCGCAUUCUUAGAUCGAGAUAUUUUAAAUAAAUAGAUUCAAUUAAAUAAAUUUAAUAUUUCGUUUCGUUCCAUACAUUAAAAUAUUUAGUAAAAUUUCAAAUACGACCUACAGAAAUAACAGAAUUGAAAUGAAAGAUUUUUUAACUAAGAAAUUUUGUGUUUCUUUAUCGUUUCUUUCGUAUUGUUUAAUAAGAUCGAUGGCGUCAAGCACGUGGCACUACUUUGACAUUAGUCACGUGCAUAAUCACGUGUCGGUUGAGCUAGAGCUCGAAAUAAUUUACAAUUUGUAAAUUUCAAACAUUCGAAAUGAGCGUAGAUAACGAGUCGGAUCUACAGAAACUUUUCUACGAAUCGUCGACUAACGAUAAUGUUUUUACGGUGUCUACAACUGUGGAUACAGGUUUCGAGUGGCAAGCUGUGGACGAAUGCAAAGAAAAGAUAAAUAAAAAUGUUAAGUUCGUUAAGGAACGCGGGAGAAUCUUUUUUAAUGUAUCCUGGACUGAAUUUGCACAAAUACAAGAGAUGAGAUCAAUAGACAAUAUAUUUAUCGUUGCCGAUGUAAGACAAUUUGUUUUCACGGAAACUAGUAAAGAGACUGAUCUGCAGCUUUUUAAAGAUGCUGUGCAAAAUAGUAUAAAAUUAGAAAAAUGCUUAAAUGCUUGGAAACGGAUAACUGGUUUCCAAGGAAAAAUAUAUCCAACCGCAGAAGAGUAUAGUCUAGUAGAAAAAGAUUGUAAACUCUCAAACAUACUUACCACAGCAGUAACAUUUAAAGGCAGAAAAAGAGGCCAAGAUCCGUCCGAUGCUAAAGACGAUGAAAUUUUAAGGUAUAGGGUAACAUGUGAGAGGACUGGUAAACAUACAUUUGAAUCUGGCGAUGUUGCCAGAACUAUUGGAGGAGAAUUACAAGACAAAUACCUGUGGCUUGUGGAUUUGUCCACGUAUUACUUAGAAAUAGUUUGUAAAUUAAUUAAUAGUGAAUUGAUAACACAUUUACGUGUCACACACGAGUCUAAGCAUCGUAGAAAUAUCAUGUGUUUUGGACCAACUACUCUUAGAGCAACUGUGUGUUAUAAUUUAUUACGAUUAGCUCAACCCAGGCCAGGCGAUAUAAUAAUUGAUCCAAUGUGUGGUGGUGGUUCUAUUCCAAUAGAGGCAGCUUUGGUUUAUCCUCAAGCUUAUAUUAUUGCUGGAGACAAUCAUCCAAAAGCUGUAGUUAGGGCAAAGUCUAAUAUUGAUGCCUCAGCCACUAAAUGUAAAAUUGAUAUGAUGAAUUGGAGUGUAUCACAAUUACCAUUUAAAGAUUCAUAUGUUGAUAUUGUUGUUACUGACAUGCCAUUUGGAAAACGAAGUGGACGAAUGGUAGACAAUAGGAUACUUUAUAAACAAUUUUUGAUAGAAUUAGGACGAAUUCUAAAACUCUCAACAGGUCGAAGUGUCUUACUCACUUACGACAGACGUAGUUGUAAUAUGGCUCUACAAAUGGCUGGAGACUUAUAUCGCGUAACAAAAAUGUUAGGAGUAAAUAUAGGCGGCCUUCAAGCCGCCGUUUAUGUUUUAAAACGAACAGACGUGCUAUGGGAUCAAUUUAAACCUAAAGCUAUUAAGCACGUGAAGCAUACGAAUAAUUGAACUAAGAGAUUAUAAAUUUUGUUAUUUAUAUACUAAACUAACUGAUAUUUUUGUUACAAAUUAAUAUUUCUUAAGAGUUUAAUAAAACGAGAUUUCUAUAUUU